CCGAUGAAGACCAUAUUUAGGAGAGCAUUCCGCCACCACAGACGUUUCUUUUCCGCCAAAGAGGCCGCGUAGACGAUAUCCUGAGAGUUCGACAUGCUAAAGCCGUUGAUUCGUUCGGUGUGACCAGAGGUCCGGCCAACCAGUGGCUCGUCCAGUGAAGACUCAUCGUGUGCGCCGGCCAUUCACUGAGAGUACGGCCCCAUAUAUAGGAGAGUGACAAAGUGAUCGAGCGUGAUCGUGACAAACCAGGUGCCGCGUAUAUACAUCAUCAAUUUCGCACGCCCUACCGCGCGUUGCCCGCUUACUUUUACAUGCGUUAUCCACCUGGUUAAUCCUCUCUCCUGUUAUCCAUUUCAUGCGAUGCCUGCCCGUCCUGGUACCCGCCAUCCCUCUCCUCCCUCGUCUUCGCGCUCUGCGGAGGAGUCGCCGAAACCGGCAUUCAACUCGCGUAUUAUCACCUCUGUCCGCCGAACUCUCUCUACCGCGACGAAGCGCCGAGAUUCAUCAGAAAUAGUGCAUCCGAGUCCGGAGGAGAGGAAUCCGUUCGUGCAGAGAUUCAGAUAUGACACUCCGGCGACACGUCCUACAGUGGAGCAGAUCGCUAUGGGACUGCAUCUGUCGCGUACUCCUCAUCUUCAUGCGUCGACCAGAUACCCCGCCCUGGCAUCUCACCCUCAGCCGACUCUCAAACCAGUGCCUUUGCCUCCCCCGGAUCGCUCUUCCAUGAAAAAGAGCAACAGCGGAGGGGUCCAACGGCUGACCAGUUCCGUCUCCUCCGCGACGGACGUGACGUCGACUGCUCCCUCCACCCCACACUCCUCCAAAUCGUCUCUCCGACUGCGCAUGGACAAGAUGUUCCCAUUCCGGGGCCCGGCUGUCCUCCCAUCCUCCUCAUCCUCCUCACCGCGCACAAGCACCUCGGAGCUGCAGCCUCGGCAGAAGAGUGUCCGCUUCUCCGCGCCCCCCGUAGAAGAGGAGGAUUGAGUGUAUCCUAUCGCGUUUGUGAAUCACAUUCCCUGGUUGGACCUCUCUACACUGCGCUUUCGCACACAUAGACUACUAGCAACCUAUGUACCUGCCCCAAUGUAUUAUCAUAUCACCCAAUGUUUUUUUUAUUGCCAGAUCUGU